ACAUCAGUCAAUGUUGAGCAUCUUUUCAGCCAUGGUCAGCUCCUUCUCUCCCAUGUUUGUUCACAUCUAUCUGCACAGUCAACAAGGGCGCUGUUGUGCCUCAGCACAUGGAGCCAUCUGAACCUCAUCAAUAUGGAGGAUGUGUUGAAGGUUACCACCUUGCCUGACAUUGAGGGCGAUGCUGAGGAGGAGCUCAAGGAUGGGUGGGACAGGAUU